AUGGAAAUGGUCAAAUUCGAGGACGAGAGCCCUCUGGCUCCUCUAUUUAAUGCCACAACUUGGCCUGGCUUCUACUCUUCUUUCCUUCCUCCUCAUCACUUCACAUCUCAGUCUCAGUCUCUGCCUCUGCCUCUGUGCCAACAGCCUUUUUUUUCUUCCGAGCCUUGUCUCUGCACUUCCAGCUUCACCUCGAGUCAGACCAGUAGCCUUGGCUACUCAGAUAACUUCACACACAACUUCCUCCCGAGUCCACCGCCAUCAAGUCUCUCCAGCGAUUAUAGCUGCCCAGACUGCUUUUUACACCACCCGCCCCCGAAUCUGCCUCCGCCCAUCCUCUCCACCCCCAACUUCUACCGCAGUCUCUACCAAGACCAGCCCGCUCCCAUCAAAGCGGAGCCGUUACCCUUUUUUCCACACAACUACCUCCCGCGUCUGCCACCUUCAAGCCUCCCUUCAAACAGCAGCUGCGCCUGCUGCUCCUCCUAUUCUUCCGACAGCACCCAGUUGCCAUCCCCUCCCCUCUCCUCCACCUCCGACCACCACCAACAGGCAAUGUCUUCCUCUCCCGUCUCCUCCAGCCGGAAGUCUCCUGCUGCAGUGGGAGACUGGGUGGGAGCCAACGGAAAGUCCCCUGCUGCUGUAGUGGGAGUGUCAGCGGUCGCCGCUAGGAAGUCUCCUGCUGCACUGGGAGAGUGGGUGGCCAGCAGAAAGUCUCCUGCUGCAGGUGCGGCCCAGAAGUCUCCUGCUGCUGUAGUGGGAGGCUCCCUGGGCGGCCUCAGCAGAGUCUUGCCGGCUCAGGCCCGGGCACAGAAGAUCCUCGAGGUGCUCGCCGAGUAUGAGAUCACCUCCCCCGCCCUCAUCCAGAGACUCAUGCCGCUGCCCGUCAGCCGAGAGGAGAAGCGAGCCUUCGUGCGGCUCCUCCGCCUCCACGAUGUCUCGUACGCCGACAUCAAGAACCUCGGGGAGCUCAGCACCUCCCUCAGCACCCUCCGCGGCUGGGACCGCAUGAAGAAGCCCGCCUCCGAUCGUCCUCGCACCCCGCGCUGGACCGCCCGCGAUGUCGUAAUCAUGAAGCAGGCCGUGGCCAGGGCCCUCGGGAUGAUGGACAUUGGGUCCCCCGGCUUCUGGCGUCGCGUGGAGGAGGAGAUGGUCAGGGGCGGAGCCUCCCAUCCCUUCUCGGCCCAGGCCAUCGCGGCCAAGUACGACGGCAGAAGUCGGGGUGACAUCGCCCGGCUGAAGGCCAGUACCAGGGCCCAGUAA